AUGCUACGCGGUAGCCGGCCCCUACUCAAAAAAGGCUGGACGCACAACCCGGGUCGUACCAGACGUGGAGGGAAAAAUCUUGCUUGGCGCCCAAAGAUUUCGGAGCGCGUGCUCGAGCAGUUUGUGCCCCUAAAUCUCGCCUUUCCGCGACGUCACCCGAACUCGUGGCAUGAGCUUCAGUUCAACCUGUUGGGGUACAUCAAGUGGCCGAAGGAGGUUGGCUUUUACAAUGCUGGGGACAACUUUGAGUUGACCCCCGAGGCGAUGUUCCGCCUGUAUCUGAAGAAUCGUGAUGAGGCCUUCUGGACACGACUCCACAAUGAGAAGGUUGUGGUUCAUUUGCUGCCAAAAAUAGAGCAUGACCCAAAAAAAUAUAUGGAGCACGUACACGACAUAUUUCGACAUCACAUUAAAAGAUUUGGGUCUGAUCACUACAUUUACAAUGCCGUGAUGCAGGCCACUGCGUUUGCCAAGGAUCUCCCACGCUGUGAACAGCUCCUUGAAGAAAUGCGCUCCAUUGGUCUCGAGCCUAACGCACAGACAUACGUGAACAUGAUGCUGGCCGUGCGAUUGGCUGGUGCACCGCGUGAAAAGGCGGAAGCCUAUUUUAAGGAGGGUGUGAAGACGGAUGCAUUGAGUGCGGUUAUGCGACUUGAUACAGAAUUUCAGAUGUGGAUGGAUCAACUCGAACGGUUAGGCUCCUUCACAGCAAAGUCAGGCUACCUUUCCGUGAAAGAGGAGGACGCAAAACCAAUGCCCCGCGAUAUGUGGGCGCUUUGGGGAUGGCACCGUAGUGAGCCGAAGUUCAUUAGUCGAAAGCGCAUGAUAGAUGAACAGGUGCGUAAUCGAGUGCGUAGCGGCAGAGAGCUUGUGGGUACGGUCUAUUCAAAGGCCCGUCGUCAGCCAUGGGCAAAGUACAAUGGCAUGUUUCCUUUUGAUUACAAUGGUCCAGCGCGUCGUCGUGGCGUCUCUUUCGAAGACGCUCCCGCUCCCAAGCAUAACAAAGAAAUCUGCGAAACAGCUUUUUAG